CCCCACGACGCGGCGUCGUCGAGUGCGUCCUGACCCGCGUCCCUUGCAGGCGGCUUCCUCUUCCACUUCCUCUUUUUUUCUUUCCUCUUCCUCCCAGGUUUCAUGGCGACGAGGAGAGGAGGAAAAGCUCCAAACGCACCGCUGUGCCGCCGCGAAGGAAGCGAAGAAGGAGGCCGCAAGUGAAGCAGUCCGCUCGCGACUUUAAAUGAGUAGAAGCCGACGGAGAAAGUACACGUAACUCUUCUGAGAAGACUGAACGACUCCGGUGUUGACAGGAAAAUCCUCCAGGCCUUUUAGACGGUGUCAUUACUUCUCCUGCUUUCUCCCCUGUGUGAGGUGCUGUGUGGUUGUUUUACUGCACUGGGCCAAGUCAGGAGUGCCAGCCAAUGGCUCUGAUGGACAAACACAAAGUGAAGCGGCAGAGACUGGACCGUAUCUGCGAAGGCAUUCGCCCCCCGAUCAUGAAUGGGCCGAUGCAUCCUCGCCCACUCGUGGCCCUAUUGGAUGGUCGCGACUGCACUGUGGAGAUGCCCAUCCUAAAGGACGUGGCCACAGUUGCAUUCUGUGAUGCUCAGUCCACCCAGGAGAUCCAUGAGAAGGUGUUGAACGAAGCAGUUGGGGCCCUGCUAUAUCACACAAUCACAUUGUCUCGGGAUGACCUUGACAAGUUCAAGGGAUUGCGCAUCAUCGUCAGAAUUGGUAGUGGCUUUGACAACGUGGACAUCAAGGCAGCUGCAGAGCUAGGUAUUGCUGUGUGCAAUGUGCCUUCAUCUUCUGUGGAGGAGACAGCCGACACAGCUCUGUGCCUCAUCCUGAACCUGUACCGCCGUGUCACCUGGAUGCACCAGGCCCUGCGUGAAGGAACAAGGGCCUCCAGCGUGGAGCAAAUCCGUGAGGUGGCUGGUGGUGCUGCCCGCAUUCGCGGGGAGACUCUGGGCAUCAUUGGGCUGGGUCGUGUAGGUCAGGCAGUGGCGCUGCGGGCCAAGGCUUUUGGCUUUGGUGUAAUCUUUUAUGACCCAUACCUGCCAGAUGGUGUGGAGCGCUCACUGGGUCUGCAGCGCAUGGCGACCCUGCAGGACUUACUCAUCCACUCCGACUGUGUCUCCCUGCACUGCAGCCUGAACGAGCAUAACCACCACCUCAUCAAUGACUUCACCAUCAAGCAGAUGCGCCAGGGGGCGUUUCUAGUCAACACAGCAAGGGGUGGCCUAGUGGAUGAGAAGGCGCUGGCCCAGGCACUGAAGGAGGGCCGGAUAAGGGGCGCAGCUCUAGAUGUGCACGAGACAGAGCCCUUCAGCUUCUCUCAAGGGCCACUGAAGGAUGCACCCAACCUCAUCUGUACCCCCCACACAUCCUGGUACAGCGAGCAGGCAUCCAUUGAGGCUCGGGAGGAGGCCGCCAGGGAAGUGAGGCGUGCCAUUACAGGGCGCAUCCCGGACAGCCUGAAGAACUGCGUGAACAAAGAAUACCUUAUGGCUGCAUCACAGUGGCCUGGCAUAGAUGCAGCCACUGCUGUGCACCCAGAGCUGAAUGGAGGUGCCUACAGGUUCUCCACUGGUCUCAUUGUGCCAACUGGGGGUCUGCCGGGGUCUGGGACUGGAGUAGAGGGGAUUGUGCCUGCAUCUCUGCCCAUUGCCCAUGGCAUUGCUCCUGUCUCACACCCCCCACAUACCCCUUCCCCAGGCCAGCCCUCCAAGGCUGAGUCAGACAGAGAUAUGCCAGCUGACCAAUAGCACCUCAGUGCAUUCCGUUGUCCCUGGAGAUGCCCUCCCCCCUCCCUCAGCAGAUUGACACCAGUGCCCAACCCAGUCCAGUACCACAGAGCAAAAACAUAGCCAGGGAGUGACCUCCUUGUCCCUCUCACAUUCUCACACUGCAGCAAGCAAUAACGUCUUCUAAAGGGUUCAGCAGUUUAAUUUUUGCACCCCCCCCAAAAGAACCUCAGCUGGAGAUUCUGUGGUUCUGUAAUUUUUCUCUAUUGUUUUUGUUAGAUUCAUGGGAGUUUCCCUUUUUUAGAUUAUAACUGAGAAAAAAUAAGGUCCUUUGAGUAGGUUUGUCAGCCCCCUUUAAGUUUCCUUGAAUUCAUUGUUUCACCGAAGAGUGGUGAAGUAUCCAUUCAAGUCUGAGAACUGUGAAGAAAGCCAUUGAAGCAGGUUUAGUAACCCUGGUUGCUGUUUCUGUCCCUGUCCACAUCAUUUACUCCUUUUGGUGUUCCUAGAUGUUCCUUUCUCCCCCUUCCUCUUCCUAGGGCUUCCCCCUAGUGUGACCCUUUACCUCUGUUACUGACAUCUCCUUGAUCUGUCCAAAAGAGAAUGGUUGGGGACCUUUGCUGUGCUCUGUGGUAGAUCUCCCUCACCCCCUGAGUUCCCCUCGUUAAUUAGCCUCUUAGGUUUUUUCCUCUUACGAGAAACACAUUUUAAUGUAGCUAUGUGAGCUCACUAAGGGCUGGAAGUGCUCAAGUACAAUGUGUAGCCUUUGUCUACCCUGAAGAUUUGCUUGCACCAAAAAAACCAGAAGUUGAAGCGAGCUUGGAGUCACAACACAUUCCAGACAGACAAAAAAAAACAGUCUGAAGGAAUGUUCAGAUAAAAUGAACCUCCUCUUGUACUGUUAGUGAGAUACCUCUUCCUUAGCAAGGCUUUUUAUUUCUGUGUCAUAGGGUUUUUUUUUUUUUUUUUGUUUAAAGCAGCAGUUCAAGACAAACUCAGUUUCCAUGCUGGCAUUAGUUACUGCUCACCCAGAAUCCCUUGGAUUUUGACCUGUAAUGGCACAUCACACACUUGAGCACAAUUAUUUCCUUAGCUCCUCUGGAUAAGUGCAGCAGUUAGCUUCGUACCCAUCUUAUCGCCACAAGGAGUUUAAUUUAGUGACUGCAGUUUUACGCUAGGAACUCCACACAGUCUUCAAUACCCCAGCUCAGUGGCACUUAAUGGCCAGAUUUGUGCAUCUUAAGGCCACAGCAAGCCCCCAGCCAGGCAGUAUGAGUCAGUGUUUGAGCCAGCAGGGGGCGCUCAGUGCUCAGGGUGGGAGACCACAGCCAUUCACUUAAGGGGUCUGGGGGAAAAACACUCUGAUCCAAAGACUCUUACAGAUGGAUCAUAAAGUUCAGAGUGGUACAGGUUUUUCUUCUUGUCUCCCUCUCAUGGUCACAUUGUACACACCCCUCAAAAACUCGAACAUCCCGACAGCACGUUUACAGUACCCAUGACAUCCUGGUACCAGUUCAUUUCUGCUUCACUAAAACUCCCAAACAGUACCACACUGGCAAUGUGUUUGAGUUCACCGACUGAAAAGCAAUCCAGUCUGUUUCCCCAGCCAGGCCGUUGCCCUGCCAACAGGGCAGUCCCUCCGAAUACCUUGACUCUUAACUGUGAACGCUGUUCUUUUGACAAGGGAAUACCUUUACCUCAGCAACAGAUAUUGAAUGUACUCUUGGACCUUUUUCUUCUAUGUACAGUUUUUAGAGUUCUGUAACAUACCAGAAGGGAAAAGAAAUUUUUCAUUAUAUCCCUCAGAAAAUUACUACAGUUUACUUUUGAAUACAAAGCAAUGGCUAUACAGAUCUGUGUGUGAUUUUUACCAGUAAUUUUUCAAAGUAUUAAGUCUCAGGCUUAGAAACUUCCUUUUUUUUUGUCUUUUUUCUCCCCUUUAUUUUGUUCCUUCUGUUUAGUUUGCUUAUCAGAACCAAACCUUGCCUUGCAAUCCACCCUUUUACCUUUAUUUGGAUGUCAUUGUCAUUCCUCCCUGUGUUGUGUGUCCAGCGUGCUGGCUUUCAUUGUUUCUCCUUGGAGGUGGGUUCUGCAGGGUGGAGAUGGGGUGGUGGGGGGGCUGAGUCAGGAACAGUUCAGAGUAGAGAGCUGAAUUUGGGUCACAGAACCAGCACCCACUUCCCUUCAUGGGUUCUGGUUUUCUUGAAGGUUGAACCUCAUUUUUGGUGCACCAGCCUACGAGUUGGUGACUCGACCUGUUUUUGUGAAACCGUGCAAAGGAAUAUGUGAACAUUUUGAAAACGUGCUGCUUUUUUCCCUUUAAGAUUGACAUUUUAAAAUUCAGAGGUUUAUGAACUGAUAGAAGGAAAAAUCCACAGUGGAAAAAGUGGCUGUUACCUUUGAUCCCAAAAAAAUGUUUGGAGGGUCCCUUUCUCUGAGCCUGUAGCCACUCGCGUUGACCAGGGCAUUGGGAAGGAGAAGCACUGACUAACCAGGAAAACACUUUGCUGAACCAGUGUGAUGUAAUCAGUGUGUCCCUCCACACAUAACCAUUUCUUCUGUUUUAAUUAACAUACAGCUUUGCUGGUCAUUGGGGUUCUCCCAUUUCUGUGAAUUAUUUUUUUGAUGUUUUAUUCUGUUUUAAUAUAUAUUUUCCCAUAUUUCACAUAGAUAAACCCGAUAGUUAUUUUUGUCAGUUUCUGUACUGGGUUUUUAUGAAAUCAGCAGUGCACGUCUUGUGAUCAGUUCUGUAUUUGAAUUUGUGUUUUCUGCAGUGUUUAGCAUGUUGUAUUUAGACAUUUCUGAACCGUCAGUCAGUUGGUCGGUAUGUACUAGGGUGACACACCCUCACAGCUGCUCCCUGCGACACACGGGAAGGCCUGGCUUCCCCCGCUGGUGACGGUGCCCCAGAGGGUGGUCCUGAACAGUGCAUGCCUGUGUACUUGCUCUUUCUGAGUUUGCAGGAUGCAGUGGAGAAAGGGGCUGGGGGUGGCAGUGAUUUGAUAUCUUGAACGGCACAAAGAAAGACGAUGCAGUUUGACCUGCACAACAUGACAUAUUUCAAGAAAAUUACUCAUUCAGGACUCGCUUAUUAAAAUAAAAAUGAGCCAGUACAUAUUAAAAGGACAGUUCAGGGCAGCUGGGAACCCUGUGGUGUUCACGGCAUGCUUUUGCUGGACUGCAGAAGUCCUCCUCUCUCUCAGGGUUGAUUUCUGUGCAUACACAAGCACACACUACACACGCUCCUGCAUUCAGACUGUCAGACCCAGGGUGCGAAUUGUCAGUCCCCAUUUGAGUCACACCACUGCCACUUCCCUUGUGGGGAGGGGGGGGUGGACCUUGAAAAUUUUUUUUUUUUUUUUUUUUUUUUU